GUUGGACAGAGAUGAGCUCAUAGUUUAGAGGAGAGGAUCUGCAGACAGAGACGGAGACACCGGAGAGCUGCUGCAAGGAAGAGGACUAGACCCAGACCCAGAUCCAGACCCGGACUAACAACAUGCUGUGGACCCGGGACAGGGACUCGGAGAAACCUCCUCUGUCCACCAUCCUGCCCAGACUUUACCUGGGAGCAGAGAGCGACGUGACACAGGACUGCCUGGCGUCCCUGGGGAUCUCGUACGUCCUCUCAGUGAGUCGCUGCAGUCCUCAGCCCUCCUUCCUUCCUCGGUCUCGGUACCUGCGGAUUCCCAUUGAUGAUUCUCUGUGGGACGACCUCCUGCCGUGGAUCCCACAGGCCCUGAGCUUUAUUGACGGAGCCAUGUCUUCAGGGGCCUCGGUGCUGGUCCACUGUGCGGCGGGGAUCUCUCGCUCUCCGGCCCUCGCCGUGGCUUACAUCAUGUAUCGGCUGGGACUGGACCUGGACCAGGCCUACAGGUUCGUGAAGGAGCGCCGUCCCUCUAUCUCUCCUAACUUUAACUUCCUGGGUCAGCUGCAGCUUUUCCAGAGCACACUCAGUCUCAGUAUGCCAGCAGGGGGUGUGGUCAGCCAUCAGGCGGACUGUUGCUAUGCUGACAACAAGGAGAGGGUGGAGCAUCAGAGUGACAGUAACCCCCCCCACAGUAUGCAGAGGGCGGAGCUUCCAGAGGCCUCAGAGAAGACGGCUUCUAGACCUGAGGAGGACGUGGUCAGACGGCCCAAUGAGACUGUGAAUCUGCAGCCGGAUGAAUGUCAGGACACGCCCCCCUCUGAACCCAUCACACUACAACUCCCAGCAUCCUCUGCUUCUAAACCCGUCACACUACAACUCCCAGCAUCCUCUGCUUCUCUCCAGGAGAAGCGUAAGAGCCUGACUCUGUCCCUGACUCCUCUGGGAGUCAGCCCUGACCGACCAUCAGGGGGCGCCAUAACCAUAAACAAUCAAUUUAAAACACAGGACACCAAGGACUCCGCCCACAGAGAUCAUAGUUCCACCCACAGAGAUCAUAGCUCCACCCACAGGGACCAUAGCUCCGCUCAAAGAGACCAUGUCCCUGCCCACAGGAAGGAUCCUGGUCUGUCCCCCCUCAGUCUGGGUCUCUCUAAGCUGCUAGACUGGGGGGAGCGGCUUCUGUUGGGGGGUCUGUUUGUGGCCCCGGUGAAGAUGGGACAGCCUGCCCUGCCCUACAGAUGUUGAGGAGGCGGGGCAGGUGUGCUCAGGACAAUGGGGGCGGGGCUUUGUGUGCGUGCUUGUUUUUGCUGGUUGCUGAUUAUUUGUUUCAGACAGGUGUUUAUUUAUGAAUUUUUUUAUCAGAGAUUAAAUUACUGAAAUAAAGCUGUUCAUGAUUAUUAAAGACUUUAUCAAAGUUUAAAUGUGAUCAAUAAAGAUGAUAUCUAAA